GAUGGUCUGGGGAAACCAUGCUGCUCCAAGGCAAGGGUACUAUCACAAGGAAUAGGAUGCAGCAUGCCCCUUAAUAGCCCUGCGCAUGCCCUCGUAAAUCUGGGCUAAUUGGGGAAAGCGAAAUAGUAAAUAAGGGAAAUAAUUUGCUUUCAUUGUGCAUGCAAGUCUGGGAUUUUAGGGACCAUGCAUCGUGCAUUCUCGUUCCCAGUGACAGUGGAGCGCAGUCGGACCAAGGAGCGCCUGGAGGCGAGUCUGGCCGGGUUAUGUGAGCUGGAGCUCCGUAAGCAGAGGCAGGAGUGCCUGGUGCUGGGGGCGCUGGCUCUUGGAGACCCUCUGCUCCAGGACUGCUCCAGAGGAGAGCUGGCGUGUUUCAGCAGCUGGGGGCAGGAAAACUUGACACUGAGGCGUCAGCUGAGUGCCCUUCAGAGUUCCCCAUGGGGCCUGAUGCAGGCACUGGAACAGCAGGUGGGAGAGCUGAGGAUCGACACGGAUGAUGGCUGCUAUGAUGGAGCUCAAGGAGACGCAGGCGACAGUCGGCCAAGUUCUGGUUUCUAUGAGUCGAGUGAGGGUCAGUCGCCUAAAGGAAGGUCUUGUUCCACUGAGCCCACAGAGGCAGCCUCAUCCUGGGUGUACAGCAACGACAGGCCAAAGUCUGUGGGAGACCCCCUCAUGCUUAAUGGAGAACUGGAUGUGCCAGUCCACCACACCACUUUACCCCGCUCUUUCUCUGCCCCUUACCCACCUCUGGAGGGCAUCGCUGAGGAGGGUACAGCAGUGGACUCCUGGCAGUGGGAACCCAGCAGAGCCAACCAGCCCUGGCAACAGCAACCUGCGGAAGAUCAGGUCACAGAAGAAGACUACCAGCAGGCCUUGAGGGUAGAGAGUUACAUCCUAAAUCUCAUCCAGCGUCAUACCGUUCCACCGCGGCCGUGUCAGCCUCGCACCACUCUGAGCCCAGACCCCCCAUACUGCAGUGCCUCCGGACACAGCUCCCUACACAGGAGAACUCCUUCUCUUACCACACAUCCCCAUGUUGACCUUUCGGCAAACCCCAAGAGCCAGGGCUGGGGUUGUGACCCGCUGGAGGGGGAGGCGUGUGGAGGAGAGGCCCCAUCUUUGGAAGAGGACUGCUAUCUGGAUCUGCCCUACCCCCAGUCCAGGCCACACUCCCUGGCUGAGAGGCUACCAUCACCUCUGCCCUCCCUGGACCCCAACUGUGGUGUUGGGGCUCUUAACCUUUGUUGUGAACCCCCAUCCCCCCAGCAUUACUUACAUCCACAUCCCACAAUUCAUCACAAGCACAAUUUAGUAAGUGCUCAGUAUAUCCCUGGACAGGCUUGCCACGCCCCUGUGCGCUCCCCAAGACACUACAACCCAGAGCAGCCAAGGCCCAACCGAGCUAUCACCUCUCCUGAACACCUGAAUUCCAAGUCCAGAACUUCUAAGAAGAGCCACAAUGAGCGACAGAGAGCUAAGAAAUCUAGCAGUAAAACUAGUCGAUCCCAGUCUGAAAACAGCCUCCUGGGUCAGCGAGUGCUGCCUGAGCGCAGGUACAGCACCACCGAGAGGCACCAAGGCAGAGGGGAUCUUGCUCAGAACCAAAACCAAGUCACUGGACCACAGGUGGGCAACAACAGCCACAACGGGAGCCGACGAUGGUGCUCCAAUCUGGAGCUCAGCCAGGACGAAGGGGAGACCCUAACGGGGCAGGCACAGAGACGACCACCUAGAAAAGCUCGCCAUGGUCAGUCUUGCCCUCAUUCCCAACCCCAGAACUACCACCAGCAGCACCAGCAGCAGCAGCAGCACACCCAGCGCUGGCACCCAGACUUCCAGGAGAGAGCUCCUCUCUGUCAGGGAGAGGAGGGCUACGCUGGUGCCGCCCCCGCAGAGUCCGAGUCCAGCAUGAGCGAGGUGUAUUCCCCGGCCUCCAGCUCGCUGUCCAGCGACUCAGAUGAGAGCGGGGGGCUUGUGUGGCCCCAGCAGCUGCCACCACGUCUCGCUUCUACCUCCUCCUCAUCUUCACCUUCACCACAAACCACCACCAACACCUCCUCUCAACCGAAAGCCUUUGUCAAGAUCAAAGCCUCUCAUGCUCUUAAAAAGAAGAUCCUCAGAUUCCGCUCAGGGUCACUCAAAGUCAUGACUACUGUAUGAGGAAAUGCUCAGUCUUGUUUUCAACCCAUAACCUUUAUUACUGUGAUGUAAAGCCAUCGUCAGAGCAACACUGCGGCUGCUACUUUGGUCAAGGAUCAUAUAACUAACCAACCCAGGCUUUGUACUCAACUACCUCUAAUUACAGGAUGUUCUUAGUGAGAGACAUUAACAUUAAUAGGGGUGAUUAAAGAUCUGCCAGAGAUCAUCUGGUUGAAUUUAUCUUGUAGCUGACAGCCAUCAGACGCUAGACUAAUUGACCUUUUCCUGCUCCAACUGGUGGGAUGGAAUUAAAGUUACAAUGUGUUGACACGGACCACAUUAAAGCUAAGUGACUGAAUAUGCUGCCAGCGUUUCUUAAUGUCUGUUGGCCUUAAUUAAUCAAAGAUCUGUGAUUGAUUAACUCCUACAGUGUAGAGUUGGACAAAUGCAAGUCUACACGACUAGGAGCUACAUUGUCAAAAGACCGAAAGCUCUAGAAAUUAGAUGCAAGUGUUUUACUGCACUGAUUUUUCUAAGAAAUAUGGAUACAGUUUCUCUGUUUGAGGGGUCCAAAAUUUCUACUAAUUUCCGUGUAAUGUGCUGCUAAUCAGAGAGAACGGCUCAGUUCAAACCCAAGUAAAUAUCCAUAAAAUAUUCACUUAUAAUUGGCAACUUUAUGCUCAAAUUUCAGAUUUUGCAUGGUCAGCUGACCUGCUCUGCACACAAAAAAGCCUCACAAGGUUACACAGCCAAUUAAUUGAAUUAUCUGGUGUGAACCAUUUGAACACUGUUUCUGUUUUCCCCAAAAUCAGCACCAAAUGAAAUAGUUCUUCCCAGGAAACUUCUUGGAAAUGAUUCAGAAAUGCUUUGGGUAUCAUCCUGAAAUUACAGACCCAUAAAAGGAAGCAUUGCUAAAACCAUGACUUCAGACUCAGCCAGUUAGCCAGCAUCCCUAUAGAGAAAAUCUCUCAUUUGUGCAGGAGUGAGCAAAUAUGUAAUAUAACAAAUCUAUGUUUACAUUUGGUUUCCCUACAGUCUCCAGAUUUAUCAGCCGAUUGUGGAUCUCAGAGCAGGAAAUAUCCCUUUAUCCUUACUGUCCAUAAUACUCAGCUCUGCCUCUCUGUAAACUGUGCUGUAGGGACCACUGAGCAUUAUCAGGUCUGUGAAUCAGGAAUGGGUUUAGUAAAUGAGACAUAGUAAGGGACCAGAGUACAUGCAUGCAUGCACAUACAGUAUGUGUAAGUGCACAGAUUAAUUAAAA